CCAUAUGAAGGUAUGGAUUUAAUCAAUUUGAAGAGAACGUGGGUGUUAUGCAUUCUUGGGUUAGUUGGUAGCUUGGGAUUUUGUUGCUGGUGCGAGGGGUGUUUGGAUGAAGAGAGAGAAGCUCUCUUGCAAAUCAAACACGAUAUCAACUAUCCAAACGGGUCUUCUCUCUCCAACUGGAAAGGUGAUGAUUGCUGCCAAUGGAGUGGUCUGUGGUGUAACAGACAGACAUCUCGUGUAAAUGAAAUCACCCUUUAUCAAAAGAGAGUAGAGGAUUUGGGAAAAUGGUAUCCAAAUGCUACUUUAUUUGCUCAGUUUAAGGAUCUGUCUUUUCUAGAUUUAAGCUUGAAUCAGAUAGGCGGAUGGAGAAUGCCUCAAGGAUUUAACAAGUUACGGAAUCUCCACAUAUUGUAUCUGGGUGGUAAUCAGCUCAGUGAUGAAGGCAGUUCUCCUUGGAUUGGCAACUUAAUAUCCUUAACUACGCUUGACUUGCGUUCCAACGAUCUCAGUAACUCAGUUCCACUCACAGGACUGAACAAGUUACAAAAUCUCGAGUUACUGUAUCUUGAUGGAAAUAGGCUCACUGAUGAAGGCAUUUCUCCUUGGAUUGGCAACUUAACAUCCUUAACUACACUUCGCUUAAAGUCCAACAAUCUCAGUAACUCAAUAACUCUCACAGAUAUUUGUGAAUUGAGGAAGCUAAAGUACCUGAACCUCAAUAAUAACAGUAUCAAGGGAAGAAUUCAUCCAUGUAUUGGUAACAUGCACUCCCUUCAAGAUUUGGAUCUCAGCUAUAAUCGAUUUGAAGGAAGCAUUCCUCCUCUGGACAACCUUACUUCAUUGAUUGAGGUUCACUUUCAACAUAAUGACUUGGAUGGUGUUUUUCCAUUUUCCACUAUCGCCAACCUCUCUGAGCUCUUGGUUCUUGACCUUUCAGACAAUCCCCAAUUAAGAGUAGAAACAGAAUCGCCAGCAUGGUUUCCAUCCUUUCAGCUUCAGGAACUUUAUCUAUCUCAUUGUCAGUUGAACCAACACAGUGGUGGAGGCAUUCCAAGUUUCCUGUCUACUCAAUACUUAGAUACGAUUGAUCUUUCAAACAGCAACCUAGUUGGCAGAAUUCCUUCUUGGUUACUCUACAACAUUACGAGUCUGGAUAGUCUGGUGUUGAGAGGCAACUCGCUGGACGGCUCAUUCCCUCUACCUUACCAACACAAUAACUCAAGCAUCACUUGGCUCGAUGUCUCUGAAAAUCAUGUCCUGCGCCCAUUUCCCUUUGACAUAAGCAUGUUUCCUCUAUUAGCGUACCUUAACAUUUCUAGAAAUGCUUUGCGAGGAAGCAUUCCAUUGGAUGCUAGUACUGCUCAAACUCUGCAAAUAUUAGACCUUUCUGAUAAUGAAUUAUCAGGAAAAAUACCUGAUGAUUUGCUAGCAAAUAGCAGUUCAUUGGUACACCUGAGCUUGUCAAACAACAAAUUGCAUGGAGAUAUGCUGCCUAGACAUUGCAGCAUGUCUAGCUUGGAGACUCUGCGCCUUGAUGGAAAUGGUUUCACAGGGACAAUCUCACAUGGACUAUCUAACAGCACUCAGUUAUUAAGGCUGGAUGUUAGGAGGAACUCCUUGUCUGGCACUAUUCCAAGUUGGUUGCCUGCACUUUCAAAUCUAACAUCCCUUCUCUUAGGAGAUAACAAUUUUGUAGGUGACAUUCCUACAGAGUUGUGUCAAAUGCAAAAUCUGCGUCUGCUAGAUUUCUCCAAAAACAGACUUUCAGGAAACUUACCUUCUUGUUUCAGCAAUAUCUCCUCUUGGAUGAAUGAAAUUCUUGUCUCCACCGAUAUUCUUGCAAGAAGCUUGGAGAAUUCUAUAAGGACUGAAUUCAUGACAAAGGGAAACUCGUACUCUUAUGUGGGAAUUCCACUUUUCUUGAUGACUGGAGUCGACUUUUCUUUGAACCAGCUGACGGGUAAUAUUCCAUCAGAUAUGGGAUAUUUGAAAGUGCUCCGCUCAAUGAACUUAUCCCACAACCUUCUAACAGGUCCAUUUCCAGAAUCUUUCAAGUAUUUGAAGAAGAUAGAAAGCUUGGAUCUCUCUUAUAACAAGCUGAAAGGGAGAAUCCCACCGCAAAUAACUCAACUCACAACCUUGACUACUUUCAGUGUCGCCUUCAACAUACUCUCUGGUGCAUUACCAGAUUUCAAGAACCAAUUCUCCACAUUCAGUGAGAGUAGCUAUGCCGGUAAUCCAGGUCUCUGCGGGGAACCUCUAAAAAGAAGAUGCUCAUCUGACAUGCCAUCACAGCCCACGGGAGGAAGGAUUGAAGAAGAAGAAUCACGAAUCAUCGAUAAUCCAGUGUUUUUCUACUCAUGUGUGGCGAUGACACAUGCAUUAGGAUUCUGGAUCUUUACUGGACUUCUUUUCUUCAACAAGGGAUGGAGGCUGAAGUUCUUCAGAACUGUGGACCGUUAUACAUGGGUAAGUUGAUCAUAAUCAAUUUAGAAAUUGUACUCAACAAUGCAAAACACUGUAUUAUGUUUACAUGUUAUUUAUAUAUGUAUCCAAAUAAAUUCCUUCCACAUUCAUGAUUUCAUUGUUCGAAUAUUCAUCUAAUGAGCUAUGUAUUGACAAAAAGCAUAUGAAUUCGAUACUGGGAGAGAUCAAUUUUAUGCAGUUAUUUUUCUACAGAUCCUCGAUCGGUCGAGGUGAGCUCCAGGAAUGGGAUUGGAGUUCUUGUAAGUACUCGAUACUGUUUAAUCAAUGGUUGUUGAUCUUCUUCUUCCUCGGCACUAACGUGCAAACAGAAAAAUGCCAAUAGAAUAAAUCAGAAAAGGGAUAGUACAACAAUGAAAUACCUCUGGCAGAAGUGGGUGUAGCAUAAAAACCAUGGUUGUUGUAACGACUGAGGUCGGCCAAACCGCAUUCCGAGAGCUACCGAUGAUUAGCGAAGAACUGGAAGGAAUACCUGAAUGGUUGUCAGGGGCUGGUGCUUGCAACUGCGUGGUUUUGAUGCAGAUGCAGCCCUUUUAACACGAACGGGCUCAGCCAGUGCCUGCGGUUACCUCCUACUACCAACUGCUCCUCCCACAGCAGCCUAAGUGGAUCUAGCAGUGUCUGGGCCAUGGGCAGUUUGAGUCACUCCAACAAACGCCUGGGCAGGAACCUGAGGAGCCCAUGAAAUUGCAGGCCGCACUUGAUGGAAAAGACGUUGUAGUUUGGAAAGAUGCCUGAAGUACCGAUGCCCAGAUAAUAAGAAGCCCACCAAAUAUGGAAUCCUAGAGUCGCCGACGGGCGAUAGAGCAGGGAAGCAAGAAGAGGAGUGAUUUGUUGCAUUGUCGAAGUCUCGGUGAAAGAGCAAGUAUUCCUUAGGCAAAUGGAAAAUUUUCCAUGAAAGAGGGUUUAUGUCGUUGUGGGAGAAAAGGCGAGGGAGAAGAAUGCUC